AUGUUCAGGAUAGCAACAGGCGCCGCAUUACUCACUGCGACAAUCAUUUAUUACGUUGUAGACAAGAUCAUGCAUUCACUGAAAGUAGGCAACAUAACGGACAAGUAUGUGUUUAUUACUGGAUGUGAUUCUGGAUUUGGACACCUCGCAGCCAAACAACUUGACAAGCUCGGUUUCCACGUCUUUGCUGGCUGUUUAACAAAAGAGGGAGCCAAGUCUGUGAGGGAGAGCUGUUCCAGUCGAGUGACCACAGUUGAGCUGGACGUUAGAAGUACAGAGAGUAUACAACAAGCGGUCAAGCAGGUAGAAAGUAGCCUUCCUCCAGGCACAGGAAUAUGGGCCUUGAUAAACAAUGCAGGGAUUAUAGGCCUAGCUGCCCCGGCAGAGAUGUGCAGCAGAGAGGACGUUCAGGAGGCCCUCAGUGUUAAUCUUCUGGGACCUAUAGACGUGACACGGCACUUUCUACCUCUCAUCAGGAAAUCUCAAGGUCGGAUAGUGAACACUUCAAGUAUUGGUGGUCGUGUGGCUGUGGUAUCUAUUCCUUACACCGUCUCAAAGUUUGGGGUGCAAGGAUUCUCAGAAAGACUAAGACGCGAGGUCUCGCAACAGGACAUUAAAGUAUCUAUCGUAGAGCCAGGAGCCUUUCGGACACCAAUUGUAAACGUAGACAAAAUCGUACAAGAUGUCCAAGAAGCAUUCAACAAGCACAGUCCAGAUAUACAGGAUGUCUACGGAGGUCCUGAGCUAAUAAACAGGGUGCGUGCAUUUUACACUGCGGUUCAGACGUCAAGUACAGCAAACAUAGAACCUGUUGUCAAAGCUUACAUCCACGCAGUUGCAUCCAAGUAUCCGCACAGAAGAUACAGACCUGGCUGGGACGCCAAGUGGUACUUUAGUCCACUGUGUUUACUCCCUGACAGCAUCGCUGAUCUUGUGCUGGGUCCUGCCGCCUAA